GCGUGGGAGUAACUAGGAAGUGGUUCGUUGGUAACUAAGGAGAUCUGGCGGCUCGUAUACAGGCGAUGUUACCGUGCAGAAAAACACAAAGGGACGAUUUAUUUUAACAAAUAUCAAGAGAAGGAAACCGACUUCAUCACCCAAAGUGUCUAUGGCUCUGCCGACCCUCUCGGCCCAUGUGCCCAGCCGGUCCCGGGCGCUGGCCGCGCAGCUGGCCCGGCAGCGGGAGCAGGAGGCCCGGUGGCGGCAGCAGUGGGAGCUGCAUGCUCAGUACUUCAGGGAGCAGAGUGUCCGCAGCGAGAAACAGGCGGUGUGGAGCUCCCGUCACUCCUACCAGCAGAGUAUGUCAGCAUACCAUAAACAGAGAAUGAAGGAGGAGAAGAAGGCCAGCCUGGAGCAGCGCAGGAAUCGGCUCAGAGCCAUGCUUCAAGAGGAGCAAGACCGGCUGGAGGCGGAGCUCAGGCAACUCGUUCCUGACAGGAGCACAGUGGCAAGUCAGCUGGUGCAAAAAACUGACGAGCUGCGUACAGCUAGAGAGGAGAGGAGAAAAAAGCUUGCACAAGAGUUGCUGAGGGAGCACUGGAAGAAAAACAACCCAGAGUUGAGAGAGGUCGAGUCAGCAUUACAUAAAGAUCAUGUUGUCGGCCAAUGGCAGGAGCAGAUAUCUGAGAAGACAGAGCAAGAAGCGGCAGCGCAGCAGGAGAAGAGACGCUUUGAAAACGAGUACGAGAGAACCCGAAAAGAGGCGCUGGAGAGGAUGAAACAAGCUGAGGAGAAAAGGAACGCAGAGGAGCGGAAGAGGGCUGAAGAACUUCGCAAACAGAUGGAAGAGCUGAAGCUGAGGGAGGAGGAGGCAACUCGUCUGAAGAAAGAGCAAGAGGCUCUGCUUGUCAAGCAGUGGGAGCUGGAGAAGAUGGAGGAGGAGAGGAGGGACAUGGAAGAGAGGCGAAAGAAGACUGAGAUGGGGCGUUUCUUGAUCCGGCAAUAUCGUGCUCAGCUGAAGAGGAGGGCCCAACAAGUGCAGGAGGAAUUGGAGGCCGACCGUAAGAUCCUGGCAGUCAUGCUGGAAGGAGAGCAGGAGGACAGGAGGAUGGAGACCACACGAAGGGAGAGAGCCAUCGCUGACGCUGCCUGGAUGAAACGCGUGAUUGAAGAGCAGCUUCAGUUGGAGCAGGAGAGGGAGGCCGAGUUUGACGUCCUACACAGGGAAGAAGCUCAGCGUGUGUGGGAGAAACGAGAAGCGCAGUGGGAGAAGGAGAGAAAAGCCAGAGAACGGCUUAUGCAAGAGGUGCUCGUGGGGAGACAGCAGCAGCUGGAGCUGAAAAUGCAGAAGAAUCGCGAGGCUCAGGAGGAGUCCCUGAAGCGACGAGAACAGCUGAUCCAGGAGCUGGAGCAGGAGAGGGAGGCCAGGCGCUGGGAAAAAGAGCAAGAGGAAGGUCGCAGGACAGCACGGAUGCAGGAGAUAAAUACUCAGGUGGAGCAGAAGCGCAGGGAGCAGUGGGAGGAGCAGUGCAGGAUCGAGCAGGAGGAGGAGGAGGACAGGGAGGCUCUUCAAAUCCAGGAGGAGGAGCUGAGGCUGGAGAGGCAGAGGAUGGCCAAGAAAGGAUAUCAGGAGAAGGUUCACAGCAGACCUCGAUCAGCCUGGACAUGAGCAACCUGCAAGAAAACAGAAUUGUGACUUGACUUUUUGUGUGCCUUAAAAAAUAGCCAUGCAAAUGUUAACAGUCUGUGGUAUCUGUAGCCGUUCCUCCUGUCCACGCUGACCACUAAGACAUCCAUCUGUGUCAUGAUGACAGGUAACUGAUGGGGGAUAAUAUCUACAUUUAAAUCAUCAAAUCAAGUGGAUAUCUUUUCUUUCAGUCCAGUGCUCCUCUUUUAGCUCUCCUGGACCGUGUUUGGAAGAAUUUAUUUUAAGACCCACUUGAUUUGAAUAACUUGAGUGUGGAUUGAGGCUCGUCCGCCAUCAUGCACAUUUGAACUGACAUAUAACUCUGUAAAAACACAUAUGAACAUGUGAGUACAGCUUUAAGGUGGACUAGUAAAAAUGUGAACCUGUCCUUUAACGCCACUUAGAGACUGAAGCCUUCUUGUAGGUUAUGAGGCCAUGUUUUGUGCCAAUCUUCAUGUAAAAUGUAAUGCUGGUUGUUUUGCCAAUGUAGAAAAGAACUGAUCGUUUUUUGCACUUUUAGAGCUUUAUAUAUUUUCUAUCCUGAAUUUGUAGACUUGUUUUAAAUAAAACUAUUAAAAUUUA